AUGACCAGGACUUUAAUGGUCAACUCUCUGUCCUCUGAUGGUCAAGCCCUCCUCUCUCUACUAUCUGCUGCUGACCCUUCUGCUAAAGAGUCCUCUUCUGUUCUCUCCUCAUGGAACCCAACAAGCCUAACUCCUUGUUCAUGGCAAGGAAUCACAUGUUCUCCUCAGAACAGAGUUAUUUCUCUCUUUUUGCCAAAUGUUUUCCUCAACCUUUCUUCUUUACCUCCACAGCUCUCUUCUCUCUCCUCUCUUCAGCUUCUCAAUCUCUCUUCAACCAACAUUUCUGGUACUAUUCCACCCUCCUUUGGCCAAUUCACUCAUCUUCGCCUCCUUGACCUCUCAUCCAACUCUCUUUCUGGCUCCAUUCCUCAGGAGCUUGGCAAACUCUCUUCUCUCCAAUUCCUUUUCUUGAACUCCAACAGAUUGUCUGGGAAAAUACCCCAACAGUUGUCUAAUCUUACUUCUCUACAAGUUCUUUGUCUCCAAGACAAUCUGAUAAAUGGUUCAAUACCAUCUCAUUUGGGCUCUUUGGUGUCUCUCCAACAGUUGAGAGUUGGUGGGAAUCCAUAUCUAACAGGUGAGAUUCCACCACAGUUGGGAUUACUUACCAAUCUCACAACUUUUGGUGCUGCUGCAACUGGGCUUUCUGGUGUGGUCCCACCAACUUUUGGGAACUUGAUCAAUCUCCAGACUUUGGCUCUUUAUGAUACUGAGAUAUUUGGUUCUGUGCCACCUGAACUUGGGCUUUGUUCAGAGCUGAGGAAUCUGUACUUGCACAUGAACAAGCUCACUGGCUCUAUCCCUCCUCAACUGGGAAAGCUUCAGAAACUCACUAGCUUGCUUCUUUGGGGGAAUGCGCUAACCGGGUCGAUCCCGGCUGAGCUUUCCAACUGUUCUUCACUUGUUGUUCUCGAUGUCUCUGCGAAUGAUCUCUCCGGAGAGAUUCCGGGCGACUUGGGGAAGUUGGUUGUUCUUGAACAGCUUCAUCUGUCGGAUAAUUCACUCACUGGGAGAAUUCCGUGGCAGCUGAGCAACUGCACUAGCCUCAGUACUCUUCAGCUUGAUAAGAACCAACUAUCAGGUACAAUUCCAUGGCAGGUUGGUGAGUUGAAAUUGUUGCAAAGUUUCUUCUUAUGGGGUAAUUCAGUGUCGGGAACUAUACCGUCGUCAUUUGGGAACUGUACCGAACUCUAUGCGCUUGAUCUUUCAAGGAACAAGCUUACCGGGCCAAUCCCAGAAGAGAUUUUCAGUUUGAAGAAGCUGAGCAAGCUUCUGCUUCUGGGAAAUUCUUUGACAGGAGGGUUGCCGAAAAGCGUUGCGAAUUGUCAAUCUUUAGUCAGGUUAAGGCUUGGAGAAAACCAGCUUGCAGGUCAAAUUCCCAAGGUGAUAGGUCAAUUGCAGAAUCUUGUUUUUCUUGACUUGUACAUGAAUCAUUUCUCUGGGGGACUUCCUUCUGAGAUUGCAAACAUCACUGUUCUAGAAUUGCUAGAUGUGCACAAUAACUACAUAAGUGGAGAAAUUCCAUCGGAACUUGGUGAGCUUGUGAAUCUGGAGCAGCUUGAUCUCAGCAGAAACAGCUUCACCGGCAGCAUUCCUUCGAGCUUUGGGAACUUCAGCUAUUUGAACAAGCUCAUUCUGAACAACAAUUUACUCACAGGUUCAAUACCGAAAUCUAUCCGCUACUUGCAGAAACUUACUCUACUUGAUUUGAGCUACAACAGCCUCUCUGGUCCAAUCCCACCUGAAAUUGGCUAUGUCACAAGCUUGACAAUCAGUUUGGACUUGAGUUCUAACUCGUUUACUGGAGAAAUCCCUGAGACAAUGGCCAGUUUGACGCAGCUGCAAUCCAUUGAUCUUUCCCAUAACAUGUUUUAUGGAAAGAUUAAGGUUCUUGGUUCCUUAACCAGUCUUACUUCUCUUAAUAUUUCCUGCAACAGUUUCUCAGGUCCUAUCCCAGUGACACCGUUCUUCAGAACUAUAUCUGCGAAUUCCUAUCUUCAGAAUCCUCGCCUGUGUGAAUCUACUGAUGGCACUACUUGUUCUUCAAGUCUAAUGCGAAGGAACGGAUUGAAGUCUGCCAAAACAGUGGCCAUUAUUUCAGUAAUUUUGGCUGCAGUAACCAUGGCGGUUUUGGCUUCAUGGAUGCUGGUUACCAGAAACCAGAGGUACAUGGCAGAGAAAUCGUCAGGUCCAUGUGCAUCCGCUUCAGGAGCCGAAGAUUUCUCUUAUCCAUGGAAUUUUAUUCCAUUUCAAAAGCUCAGUUUUACCGUUAAUAACAUCCUGGAUUGCCUGAAGGAUGAAAACAUAAUCGGAAAAGGUUGUUCCGGAGUAGUCUACAGGGCAGAAAUGCCUAGUGGUGAACUUAUUGCAGUUAAAAAGCUCUGGAAAACAAAGCAAGACGGCGAUCCAAUAGAUUCAUUUGCUGCAGAAAUCCAAAUUCUUGGACACAUUCGACAUCGAAACAUUGUGAAGCUCAUUGGCUAUUGUUCAAAUAGAAGUGUCAAGCUCCUCCUCUACAACUACAUCUCAAAUGGUAACCUCCAACAGCUGCUGCAAGAGAAUAGGAACUUGGAUUGGGAAACUCGAUACAAGAUUGCAGUCGGGUCUGCUCAGGGCCUGGCUUAUCUUCACCAUGAUUGUGUCCCAACAAUUCUUCACAGGGAUGUCAAAUGCAAUAACAUACUUUUGGAUUCCAAGUUUGAUGCCUAUUUGGCAGAUUUUGGCCUGGCAAAACUGAUGAACUCUCCAACUUACCACCAUGCAAUAUCUAGAGUAGCUGGCUCUUAUGGCUAUAUUGCCCCAGAAUAUGGCUACACGAUGAACAUAACAGAGAAAAGUGAUGUCUACAGCUAUGGGGUGGUCUUGUUGGAGAUUUUAAGCGGGCGAAGCGCAGUUGAGCCGCAAGUAGGAGAUGGAUUACACAUUGUUGAAUGGGUGAAGAAGAAGAUGGGAAGCUUUGAACCAGCUGUUUCAAUACUAGACACAAAGCUUCAAGGUCUGCCAGAUCAAAUGGUGCAAGAGAUGCUUCAGACACUCGGAAUUGCUAUGUUUUGUGUGAACUCUUCUCCGGCAGAGAGGCCAACUAUGAAGGAAGUGGUGGCAUUGUUAAUGGAGGUUAAAAGCCCACCUGAAGAAUGGGGAAAAACUUCCCAACCACUAAUAAAGCAGUCCUCAAAUCAAAGUUGA